AGUGUAACUUUAUGUUUGUAGUAGUGAGUAGUGAAAUUAUUCGAAAAUGAGCAAGUUUGAAGUUUGGUUCACAUUUUGGUCUUGAAUUAAUUUCUCACAAUUUCUAUCAACUUAUUUCUAAAUCAUUUAAUUACUUUCACGAUCGUGCUAUGAACAUUGACUUUUAAGAAUUGAUGAACUGACCGAGUGUAUGACCGAGUUAUUCUGUGUAAAUAUGACUGCAUAAAAUAGCAGUGUCAUCUGUGUUAUUAUUGAAUGGCGAUGUUGAUACAAAAUUAUCCUCUAAUGGAUGUUGAAAGCAGCCGUUCGUUCAUGGAUGAUAUUUAUUCCUCAGAACAUCCGAAGUGUUUAUCUGCUCUUAUUCAGUUGAAGAAUACGGUGAUCGGAAGUAACAGACAGAAAGGAAAUGCCAUUCAACAAGGAGUUAUUCCAAGAUUAGUACAGAUUUUAGGCGAUUAUGAGCAACCAGUCGACAUCCGCAAUGAAACUGUUAUUAUAUUAGGUUCUUUGGCUAAAGGAACCGAAGAUCAUGUUAAAGAAUUACUUAAAGCUGACGUUGUUCCUUUACUUUUAAACUGUAUAUUAACCGACGAUAAUCAAUUCUCGGAGAACUGUCUUCGAUGUGUUUGUUCAAUUUUCAAAUACAACUGCGCUCCGGUGCAUUUAAUAUUUCAAGAUCAGUCUCUUAUUUCACAUAUGCUUAGUUUGAUUAUGCAUUCAACCGCUAAUCAAAUUUCAAUCACGACCAUUCUUAGUUAUUCCAUAAAAACUAAAAAACAUCAAACUAUGUUAUGGGAUGAAGGAGCAGUGUUUUCAUUAGCAGCUUUACUGCGAUCGCCUCUUCAAGCCGUUUUAAUGCCUACUUUAACUUGCAUUGCUAGUUUAUGCCAUGAAAAUAAACCCGUAGCUGCUUCCGUUGCCACCGCCAAUUUUGAAGGAAAAUCAGUGCCAGAUUUAUUGGUUGCUUUGAUGGCCCGAGAUAAACCUUUAGAGAUGCAACUUGCUGUCGCUAAAUGCAUCACGUUUUUGUAUCGUGCUGGUGCUAUUUCCGCUGAAGAUCCCAAGAUAUUAUAUAAAACGUUACCAGUUUUAGUGUACCUUUGUCAAGAUAAAUAUGCAUGGAAGCUACGAGUUGAAACGGCAGAAACGUUGGCUUAUUUGACCGAAGUGAACGUCGAGCUUCAACGUUUAGCAGCUAUUUCAAAUCAUUUAAUCGGUGUAUUGAACACGUUUGUCAAUUACAAAAGCGAUAGUUCCUUACCACCUGCUAAAAAUGAAGAAAUUCGCAAAGAGUUGAUGCAGGCAGCGUUUAGAGUUUUCGCAUCGCUCGGUUCGAACGACGAAGACAUUAGGAAGAAAAUCAUCGAAUCUGAGAAUCUAGUACAACACAUCGUUAACGCGUUAGAUGAUCCUAGCACGAAGGUGAAACUAGCAGCUAUACGUUGUUUACACUCUCUAUCUCGUAGCGUCCAGCAACUUCGGACUACAUUUCACUCUAUAUGUGCGAAUCAGGAUCACUCUGUGUGGAAACCGUUAAUGCGAUUAUUGGAAAAUGCAUCAGAUGACGUGCUGACUGUUACUUCAUCUACUUUGUGUAACCUGUUACUCGAGUUCUCUCCAUCCAAAGAACCAAUCUUAGAAUCCGGUGCUGUCGAUUUAUUAUGCAAUUUAACCAGAAGAUCUGAUCCGGCUUUAAGAUUAAAUGGUAUUUGGGCGUUGAUGAACAUGGCAUUUCAAGCUGAACAAAAAAUAAAAACGCUCAUCUUGAAUACCUUGGGUAUCGAACACAUCUUCCGAUUACUUAACGAUUCCGAAGUAAAUGUUUUAAUGAAGACGCUAGGUCUGCUUCGAAACCUUCUGUGCACGAAGCCGCAUAUCGACUAUAUAAUGAAUCUGCACGGAAAUGAGAUAAUACAGGCUGUUACAAUGAUACUGGACGCAAAUCAUCCAUCCGAAGUAAAAGAACAAGCGUUAUGUAUACUGGCAAACAUCGCUGACGGUGAUUCGGCCAAAGAUUUUAUAAUGAAUAACGAAGACAUACUGAAAAAAUUAUCAGAGUACAUGAUAAGUCCAAAUGGUAAGUUACAAGUUGCCUCUACAUUCUGUAUUUCUAAUUUAGUGUGGAAAGAAGAAAGUGGCUCGACGGAAAGGCAAACAAAACUCAGAGAAUUAGGAAUUCCUGCGCUUCUCAACCGGCUGAUGAAUACAACCAAUACGUUAUUGUUCGAUAAGAACGAAUUUUUUGUUCGCAGGGUUAAAACGGCUGUGACGCAGUUUAGUGAUCAGUAGUAGCCUACUUAAAUAGUUGUAUGUUUUUGUAUAUCGCCUGGACGCAGACCGCUGGAUAAAUUAUUAUAUCGCUGUAAUAUUACUUCGCUUUUUUUAUCGUAGUGUUCAGAAUUAUAUAUGUUUUUCUUUUAAAAUUUUAACGUUUUAAUACUUUAUAAGUAUAUUAAUUAUUGUUAUAUUUUGAAGAUAUACAUACAAUUCCGAAGUAUAUCGUAAUGAUGUACGAUCGAUUAAAUUUGUUUUGAUCUUUGAAAUUA